AUGCGCGACCAGCACUGCCAGUGCGGCUGCGGUCUCAACGCAGCCAGCUCGAGCCGGUCGUCAUAUUCCCCUGUCUCAUCUACUCGGACGCCGAGUCGCGCACAAGUUGCUAUGACGAGAUCUGGCAUUGCACAGCAACCUUCCUUGUCCCCGAUUGCAAUCCAGUCUUCCCUCAAUGACGAGCAAGGUGCCCUGUCUUCAUCACACAACAUUACCCUCGCCGGUGGUGUUCAACUCUGCUCGGUCAUUGCACCCAAGCAAAGGCCAAGAAGCCCCCUUUUGCUCUUCCCCUUCAUCGCUCUCAUGCUGCUCACCCUCAUCAGCACUGUCGCAUCCUCAUCGAUCCCUGCUCUGACAUUUCUUCCGCAGAAUAGCAACUCCUCCGCUCCUUCACAGACAACCUACACUGCUCUGCCCACCACCGCUCUGCCCACCACCGCUCCGCCUCCCGCCGCAGGCGUGGACAGUCACAAACAGCUUGCUGUAGCCGGUUCAAACUCUGCUAGUGGAACCCCCAAUCACAACGUCAAUGUAGAGAUCUCCCAACCCGUCAUGUGUGAAUACAUGAACAUCACCUUCGACCCAAGCCGCGGCACACCGCCUUACACCGUCAUGAUCAGCAUCGAAGAUUACUGGCCCGUCACCGUCAAUCUGCCCGCCAACUAUGACCAUGCUACCAAGGAUCUCUGGCUAUACCAGUAUCCCGUCCCGGCCUUCACUGGUGACACCACCAACCCAUCCUUGAUCGUGUCCGUCACCGACUCCACCGGUCUCAUGUCCAAUUCGUCCAGCUUUCUUCAAGUCAGCAACCCUAACAGUGGCGCCACUUGUCCUCCUUUCCAGUAUGACGCCACCUGGUUCUUCUAUACCGAACGUGCCGCAUCCAUGUGCCAGGAUUACAACAUCUUUUGGAACGGAAGCUGGGCUCCUCCCGUCACUGCCAUCUUCUUGCCCGAACAGGCUCCGCCCAUCUACGUCCCUGCCCCGGCGAAUGUGUACAGCAAUAUGUCCUGGAAAGUCGCCAUGGAGGGAGGCACACGCUUCAUCAUGACCUUGGGCGACAGCCGUGCCCUUGGCGGCAACGCCGGAAGCUCACGACUCAACAUUGUCGCACUCAAUGAAUACUUUAGCAAUGCCUGUAUCGCCGAAGCCAACUACGAGCACCGUCUCUUCCUUCCUACCACAACUGCAUCGCCUGCGACAAUCUUCCCUGACGCAACAUCCACUAUCGCCUCCUUGACUACCAAUGGCGGCAUCGUUGCUACCGUCACCGUCAUAGAGACCAUCAAAGCUGGUCGUUACGUUCAUGGCAAGAAUGGCGGCCCACUAUCCUCUGGCAAAUACCUCAUCCUGAUGGUUGUCAUUUUGGUGACCGUUGGAUUAGCCGGCGUGGCUCUUGGCUGGCUCUGUUUUCGAAGACAUCAGAAACGAAAGCAUAACAUCAAGGCUUGGGAUCUGCCCAACAACGAUCCAUCCACGCCUUUCAGUGCUGAUCCCAACAUGCCCAUUGCCCCCGGUGUCUUUGGCCGUAGCGUGACUCGACACGACUCCACCUCUGCCAGCUCACGCCGAGGGCCGGACCGAAACAGUGUUUCUGGCGUUAGCAACUACGACCCCACUUCCCUCACUUGCCGACCUCUCACCCACGCCCCUUCUACACGUGCUUCGCUUCGCAGCUGGACCUCGAGCGCAUUUGAGCCUUGUGGUGGUCAAGGUGGGGACCCUGACAACUAUGCGUUGAUGAGCACGGCCUCUGGAGGCCUUCCUGGCGUUUCUCCCUCAGAAGCUCAUCGCUACUCUUAUGGUCUCCGUGGCGGCAGUAACAAUCACGCUCGCUCUAUGACCAUGGGCACUUUCUCUAAUGAAUCUCGAGAUGGCUUGUCGCCGACCGAUUCAAAUCCUCGCAACUUUGGAUUCUAUUCCGACGACCCGCCUCAUCAUCGCAAUGGUGCCCCACCUGCCCCUUCUCGUGCGGUCAGCUCAGACGGCGCUUCCACCAAGUCCAAUCGUGUCGGACCGGGUCCAACGUAUCGCCCAGAUGCAGCUUCUCAAGCUGCUUACCAGGAUCUUCUGGCCAGCAACACUUCGCCCACCAGUGGCCUUGAUCGCUCCUUUCCCUUCAGUCCUGCGCGAAGUCAAGCGGCCACUCCGCGAGGAAACGGCUGGGCUGAGAUCUCGGACAACAACACGCAUGGCAACAAUGGCUCGCAACCGCGCCUCGUUCAACAUGCCGACGCUGGCCUCUUGCUCGAUGACAAUGACAAUGGCGAUGAACUGAUCAACUUUGGCACGGGCCGACUCAUGGAGCUUCCCCCUCAGUACGAUACCAUUCAUCCCAGUAGCGGCACUGGUACCCAGCAACGGCCGCUCUACGCGCAGUCACCGUCGUCGACCCGUAAUGAGGGCUCGACCAACUCUCAGUCGCUUGCAAGUCAACAGAGACAGCAUACUCACGGCACGAUGGCAUCGGUUGAUAUCUCGGAUGCCCGCAACCACCCAGCUGAAGUCCACGCUGCUGAUCUGGUCGACCCGAACGACGACGAGUCUGAUUUCUGGGCACACUGA